UGCUAUUGUUAUACUUGGGAAAAAGCAGCUUUCCAUAGAUUAGCAGAAAGAGAACCCAAACAUGGCAGUUUAUGCAUCUGUUGGCCUUGAGAUAUGAAGCUGCCCUAUAAAUAAUUGCUUAUUAUUAGGUUGGUCCUUGCUGUCUGGAGCUGCAGGGUACAUGGUGUCCGUAUGCCCAGCCACCCUCUGCACCAGGAAUGCUCAGUGCCUCGGGGCAGCCGGCUUCCAGGAGCACACACCGAGCAGGGAGAUGCCCCAACAUCCAGCAUCCCCAAAGGACAGCAGCUCUGCCUCUGGCAUGGCAGGCUUGCUGCCUCGUGCUUAAUUUGGGUUGCAAGAGGGACCACUGGCUUCCUUCAGAUCUUGGUGUUGGCACUACUGGCACACUGACACCCCCACAGUCCUGAAAUAGCCAGGUGAAGAAUGUGGGUGACACCAAAUGUCUGGUUUCUUGGGCAACCCCCAGGCUUUGCCCCCAGCAGGCCACACAUGAUGAAAGGAGCCAAAUUUGGUGGGGGGACCUGGUGUUUUCUGGGCUCCCAAGGAAGAUGACACAAGUGUCCUGAUGGCUUGUUGAUGAGUAAUGCCACACGUGCUGUGCCCUCUCCCGUGGCACCUGGCACCCCAGGGCCUGGCACAGCAGCCAGGCUGGCCUCAGCCCCCCCAUUCUCAGCUGUUGCCCUGCUUACGGCUGCCCACAACAACUCCCAGGAUGGCCAGCAGCUUUUCCUGACCACGACAGCGGCGCAGGUCGUCUCUGGCAUCUUUGUGUGGUCAGCACUCACUGUCACCUUCCACCAGAUCUACACACACCUGAGGAAUUACACCAUCCCCAAGGAGCAGCGCUACAUCAUCCGCAUCCUCUUCAUCGUGCCUGUCUAUGCCUUUGACUCCUGGCUCAGCCUCCUCCUCCUCGGCAGCCACCAGUACUACGUCUACUUCGACUCAGUGCGUGACUGCUAUGAAGCUUUUGUGAUUUACAGCUUCCUGAGCCUGUGCUUCGAGUACCUUGGAGGGGAGAGCACCAUCAUGACAGAGAUCCGAGGGAAGCCCAUUGCGUCCAGCUGCUUUUAUGGGACCUGCUGCCUUCAGGGUAUGUCCUACUCCAUCGGGUUCCUGCGCUUCUGCAAGCAGGCCACGCUGCAGUUCUGCAUUGUGAAACCCCUCAUGGCAAUCAUCACCAUCAUCCUGCAGGCAUUUGGAAAGUACCACGAUGGAGACUUCAAUGUCCACAGUGGAUAUCUCUACAUCACCAUCAUCUACAACUUCUCUGUCAGCCUGGCCCUUUAUGCCCUUUUCCUCUUCUACUUUGCCACCAUGGACCUGCUGCGCCCGUUUAAGCCAGUCCUCAAGUUCAUCACCAUCAAGGCCGUCAUCUUCCUCUCCUUCUGGCAAGGAACACUGCUGGCAAUCCUGGAGAAAUGUGGAGUGAUCCCUGAAGUUCAGAUCAUUGAUGGGAAGGAGGUGGGAGCUGGGACAGUGGCUGCUGGCUACCAGAACUUCAUCAUCUGUAUUGAAAUGUUCUUUGCUUCCAUUGCCCUGCGCUAUGCAUUCACCUGCCAGGUGUACAGGGAGAAGAAAGAAAACUCAACAGCAAACCUUGCCCCAAUGCAGAGCAUCUCGAGUGGGCUGAAGGAGACCAUCAGCCCCCAGGACAUCGUGCAGGAUGCCAUCCACAACUUCUCGCCCACCUACCAGCAGUACACCCAGCAGGCCAUGCAGGAGGCAGAGCGCAAAGUGCCGGGGGAGAAUGGGCACGUGGCCUCCAAGAUAGAUGGACAGAGCAGCAGGAAGAGCAAAAACAUUGAAAAGAGAAUGCUCAUCCUGUCAGAUGAGGAGUUGUAGGAGGUAUCAGAAAAGACACUGACACUGAAGAGGCUUUAACCCAAUCAAAGGGGAGGUGUCUUGAGGCUGCGACAGCCUGGGCUAAUCAGACUACUGAGAAGCCAGGAACUCUAUCCAAAAAGCCAGUCUCUCAAAGGGAAGAUGCAAUAACCCAGAAAAGGUUAAGUCAAAUAGUGCCAGCUUCUGCUGUCAUGGAUGGAGCCAUGCUGCCCUGCUGCUGCUGUCUCUCUGCCAGCCCUGUGCCAAUGCUGGGGGAUGCCAGGCAGGGAGGGAGCCGGGGUGCAGGAGAGACCGGCCGCCCUCACCCUCCUCUUGCCUCCAAGCAGUGCUGAGGCCUGAGAGAAAUGCUUUUCUCAGCACAGUUCUGCUCUAGUUUCUCCCAAUUUGAGUAAGAAAUUAUCUCCAAGGGCUCUGUGGAGAAAACCAGCCCAGGAAGGUGACUUCGCUUCACCUCAAAACCUGGUAAAGGUUGAAAGACGUCAUUCCUUAUUUUUACAUCUUUCCCCCUCUCCUUCUCACAGCAAAGCUUAUAGAGAUGUGCAAAAGACCUUUACCAUAGAGAAAGUCAUCCUCUUGUCCCUCCAGAUGUGGAUGCAGCUGUCCAAGUAACUCCCCCAGGAGUGUGCAGGACCUCACUGGGACUAACCAGAGGUCUGCAGCUGCAUUUCUGAGAGCUGCCGGUGACAGAAGUGCUUGUUUAUGUCUAAACCAGCUUAUCUCUGAACGGAUCAGAAGUUAAAAGGGAUUCCAGCUUCCUUAUCAGAAUCUUUAUUAGGGAACCAGACUGUGACUGGUGGUGGUAGGAAUUUACUUACUGAGAACUGUCUGUUCCUCCUAACCCUUCAUUAUUCCCCAUCCCUGGGCUUUGCCUGACCUGUGGGAAGACAAGCAGGAGCUGAGCCCAGCUGGGUGACCAUGGCAAGGAUAAGAGAGGUGCUGAGGGACGUUGCCAUGCAGGGCAAGACCACAGACAAGGCAAGACUGUGAACAGAGAGAUGCUCCUUAAAUCAGUGAUGGUGAGCUCACAUCCUUCUGUAAAGACUUCUUUUCCUUUCUUCCCCAAUUUUUAGUCUUAAUUCCUAUUCUCCUGAUAAUGAGAUGAUCCCUGGGAAUGAACUUAGGCACUGUUUAGGCUGUUGUCUGGGAAGAUAGCUGGCUAGUGGAGGGAUGAAGGCAAAUCUACAGCCUCAGAUUUGCAGUGUGGCAAACAAACCGAUGGAUAAGGCUUGGAGCCCUUUUGAACACAACUCAUAUAACUUGGAUCUUUUAUUCCCUGCUCUUAGCUGCAAAAUGUAAAUCACAACACAAAAUUAUUUAUUUUUUUUCUAAUAAACAGCAAUUUCUAGCACAGAGCAAGCAAGCGUUUUCACUGAGCUCAGCAAGCAAAGCCCACGAUCUGCCUGUUCCUGCUAUAGUGCUGAUGCUCUUAAGCUUAACGUCCUCCCUGCCCCUCAAUGCUGGCCCAGCAGAAAUACCUGCACACGCAGCAUCCUGCACAUUUUGGCAUUCCUACAGGAUUUGUGCUCAUCUUUUUCACUCCACAAAGAACGUGUGUGUCUCCCGCUUCCUCUCCUUGCACAGCACCUCUUCCAACCCUCACCUAAGCUGUGGAUGCAGUGGUUCAGAGGUGCUGGAUCUGUUUUAGCUAAGCUUGACUCCAGCACCAACAAGACAAGCUCUGAUUAGUAGUAUUGGAGAAAUCUUACCAUGCUAUAGCCCAGACUCCACAUGAGCAACCUAUAGUUCAGCCAGUCCUGCAAGUCCCUCUGGUCCGAAGGAGCACUGCUCAUACCUGCUCAGCCGGUGAGACUGCUGUCACCUUUCCUGCAAUGAGGUUCAUAAACAAGAGCCAGAUGCUCUGCACAUCCAGGCAUUCAUCCAGGAUCCUGCACAUCCUGAGAGCAAGACUGUUCUGCAUAGAAAGUGCAGCCUCAGUACUCAGGAACAAGGCUGCUUGGCUUUGUAAUGCAGCCAGCACGGGAGCAGGGACGUCUCAGCUGAACAUCUUGGUCUUCACCCCUCUGGGAGAGGACGGCCACAGCUGCAGGAACAGAGGCUGCUCUGGCUCCUGGGGCGAGCACAGACUGCAAAGGUGAUGAUGGCACAUCUGCUGGCGCACUCGCAGCCGCUGAGAUAAAGACUUGCACAAGAACACAGCAAGAACCGUGGUUGUACUUCAUUGCACAAAUGAUCGACUCCGGUGCAUAAUGGGCUGCCUCCGUUGCUCUGCCAGCAGGUGCAAUUCCCACUGCAGACAAUAACAUUUGCCUAUUUAUGUCAAGCCCUGAUUACUGUAUUAUAUGUAAAACAGAUCUUUCUUGCAAGCCAAACAAG